UUAUCAGCUGACGUUUAGGGCGCGCUCUGUUUACUUAUCUUUUGAAAUUCUAAUUUUCGUUUUAUUAUGGAAAACACCAUUUUUGAAGGUUAUCUUCCUGUGAUAAGUAAUUUUGAAAAUGUCGUGUUUUAGAAUUAGUCAUCUCCCACUUCUAAUCGUCUCCUUAUAACGUCAGCCAUCAGUUAUGUUCGUGUGAUCACAUUAAUGAACUGUCCCUCAGAAACUAGUGAAGGAUUCAGCAUCAACCGCUUUGUGUCGAGUUCCUUUAUUAUUUUAGUUCUGUUUCAAUGCGAUCACUAUGCUUGAAGGUUUAGUCGCUUGGGUGCUGAACAAUUACUUGGGAAAAUAUGUAGAAAAUUUAAACACCGAUCAACUCAGCGUAGGUUUACUCAGAGGUGCUGUUGAGUUGGAAAAUCUGCCCUUGAAGAAGGAUGCACUUCGAGAACUAGGAUUACCGGUGGAAGUUCGGUCUGGUUUCAUUGGAAAAGUUAAACUUCAAGUACCUGUGAGCCAAUUUAGAUCAGCACCAUGGGUCAUACUGAUAGAAAAUUUGUAUUUGACUGUCGGUCCCAUCUUAAUCGAAAAGUGGGACGAAGUAGCACAGGAAAGGACAAUGCAAGAAUGGAAAAUGGGAUUGCUUGCAGACAUGGAGGCACGCUGGCGCGCCGAGCUAUCAGGAAAUCAAACAGGAGGUUAUUACGCCUCGAGUUAUUCCUCUUGGCUAGGAUAUGCAACAGGAGUGAUGGCCAAUAUUGUUGACAAUCUUCAGCUGAAAAUCAUUGAUGUUCACCUGCGUUUUGAGGAUGAAGUUACAUCUGACAGUCAAUCAUUUGCUGUUGGAGUCACAAUUGAGUCUCUCGCUGCCCAGAGUUGCAACAAAGAAUGGAUUCCUGGCUUUGUAUCUUAUACAUCUGACAGCAGUAAUGGUCAUUCAUUCAAGCUAGUUGAAUUAACAAAUUUAGCCAUCUACUGGGAUAUCAUACGACCACCCAAGCUUCUAUGGAGUCACACUAGUGCUAGUGAUCUUUCGAAAUUGCUGAGUUGUGCGGCAGCGGAUAAAAAUGAUCACCAGUAUAUCCUACCACCUGUAUGCGCAGUGGCGCAUCUUAAAAGAAAUCGUAGUGAUAAGCCUCUAAGAUCAAAAACACAUCCAAGAAUAGUUUGUGAUUUGCAGUUGGAAGAAGUAGCUCUUACUUUAUCGGAUUUGCAGUACAGUCUAGCUGUCAACUGUGUCAAAGGCUUGAAACGGAUUCAACUGCGCCAGAAUUAUAGAAAAUUUCGACCAACAUCAUCGGUCAAAGAAAAUCCUCGAGCGUGGUGGUUAUACCUUUUCAACUGUUUUCACUAUAAAAUCAAGAACACAAGCCGGGAGACUGCCUCCUGGCAACACUGCAUUCAAAGAGCGAAGGAAAAUGUAGCGUAUGUAGAUAUUUACUCCAAAGUUUUAUUAAGUCAGACUGCGUCUCCAACACUACUACCAGAAGAAAACCGGAUCAAAGACACCGUUGAGAUCGAACGCGGUCUAGAGGAGCUUGUAUCUUUGAGAGAGAUUGCAAUGUUUCGAGUGCGACCACCUCAGCCUACCUCACCCCCAGUUACAAACGGAGGGGCAACUGCGCAAGGGCGUAGCAUGCUUCUAAGUUGGUUUCCUCAAUGGUGGGGAUGGUAUUCCGCCACGCAGCCCAUUGAAGGUGACCUUUCAUCUGGAACUAAAGACACUGGCCAAUUAGAUGAUGAGAUCUUCGAUGCGAUCGCUGACACUAUGGAGAACAAUACUUUGCUGAAGAGGGAUGCUGUUUUUGGACAGUUUAAUUUCACUCUCAAGCAGGGGGGCAUCAGCCUAUGUUCGGUUUAUAGAUCUAGUAAUGGGGCUUUUGAAAGUCGCUGCACAAUGCGAUUACAAUUCAGUAAUAUGUCAAUUGGGUAUGAGUCAAGACCUCGAACUGGUUCUCAUAAAAUCAGCGGUGCCCUAGGAACGGUAUCUCUCCAUGACCUGUUGACUGAAAAUUCGGCCUUCCCUGUUCUUAUUUCUCCUCAAAGCAGCAACGAAGCACCAAGCAGUCGUCCUAGCCGAACUCUCUCUUCAUCUCUAGCGCGUCUCAUUGGUCAGGAAUCCCAACCGGAUCCACAACCUACCAAUCUAUUUCAGUUCAGUUACGAAUACAAACCAUUUCAUUCUAACGUAGAUUAUAAGUUGGCAGUCCAGUCACAAUCGUUGGACAUAGUUUACAAUCCGUCUGCUACUAAAUGGUUAAUAGAUUUCUUCACAAAACCUCAUCAAACGCAUAGUUCACAACUACGUCAAGCAGCUCGCCAUGGCUACAAUGCGAUGAAGCAACGGACCAGAAAAGAGCUCCUUAAAAACUGGGAAAAUAUAUUACGUGGAAGCGUUGUGGAGACUCAUCGAAAACAAUGGGACAUCGAGCUCAACAUCUCUGCCCCACAAAUAUUCCUUGUCGAGCAUUUCACAGAUAAAAAUGCUGUCCUGUGUGUUGUGGAUUUUGGUAAACUUUUGUUUACCAAUAAAACAAUUGCAUCCUCGAGCGUUGUGGCUGAUAAUCAAAGUAGCAUGAAAGAAGAUGAAGAAGAAGAGGAAGAUGAGUUUCAGACACCAUGUUCAACCCCUCCAGGAAGCGAGACGAGUGAAAUGGAUUCCGUGUCAUUCAACGCAACAAGUAACAGUGAUUUCAUUAGUGAGCUCUCGUUUCACCAGAAGCUUUAUAACAGCUAUUCGCUGCAUCUGUGCGAUCUGCAGAUUUUAGUCGGUCAUGUCAAAGAUAAUUGGAAACACGCCCAUGUCAAAGGAGCAUCGACUCUACAUGUUCUCGAUAGAUUUAAUAUUAGUCUUCAGAUUGAAAGGCGUGUCAUAUUUACAAUUGAUCCUCAAUUUCCUAGUCUUGUUUUAACUGGUAGUCUUCCAAAGUUAGUCGUACACAUUAACGAACAAAAAAUUCAAGCCAUGAGAACACUGUUGUCCAUCUUGUCUGGUGCUGGAUUACCGUCACCUUUCCGAUCUCCAGAUACACCUUCAGACCUUGGUGUCAAAGAAUUAGACUCAGAGCCAGUGGAGGACACAUCAGCUCUACCAAAUGCUGAGCCAAUGGAAAGUGACCAGUAUGCUCAGUUGCAGUUCACCGUCAACCAAAUGUCACUUGAGCUUCAGUCACGUGGUCGCGCAGUUGCCGAGGUCCAAGUAUGUCGUGUGCGCGCUGCUUGCUGCCAGAAACUUUCGAAUACGCACGUUUCCCUCUCCGUUCACUCUCUCCUGGUGGUUGAUGCCCUCCAGACAUUCGGCCCAGAUUUUGAACUCCUCGCUGCUAGUCAUAAACAUGUUGGGAUGGACAGUGUCAGUGGUAGUCUGAGAGACAGUGAUCCCACAUCACCGUCCUCACCUUCCUCCCCAGAUCCUUUAGGCGGGAAACUCACUUCUCCGGCUAUUUUAUCACAUGCUCUCUCUACAUUGUCGCAAGACUCUUCGCCAUCGCCACAGAUACAGUUCAGAGUCUCAUCACCGAUUGCUCCGUUCCCAACUACUCAAACACCGGUGAUGGCAGCGCAAGACACGGAAGCCCUCAUUUCUGUAGAUCUACUGUUCGAAUCCAGUCAAGAUCCAAGCGGUGGUCAUCUGAAAAAAGCCAACAUUCAGUUCAAUAAUUUGGAUAUUAUAGCAAAUCAAGAAACAAUUGUUGAAUUGAUUGGUUUCGCUAAGCGAAUUUUACCCCCCUCAAAACCUAGUCAUAAUUCUCAUCACUACUUUAAUGCAGCUAAUGUUAUGACCGCUUCUGUGGAGACGCUAGAAUUUUUUGAACCUGAUUACUUUAUCAGACCGAGAACGCAGUCAACAGGGAACAAACCAAUGCCUAAAGCAGUGAAAUCAACCAUUCAAACAGAGCUCACUUUCAACUUCCACCGUCUGAACGUACUCCUGAUGCGGGCAGUGGUGAAGGAUAGUAUAGUUAUUGGUCGCAAAAUAGCAACUGCCACAUUAAGCGGUGCCAAAAUACAAGCUGUUGUCGGAAACGAUCUAGUCGUAGAAGGCUCUCUUGGUGGUCUGCAAGUUUUAGAUCUAACGCCUGAGGGCCAAACUCAUCAGCGCAUCAUUAGUUUUGGAAGAGAUCCUCUAACGGAGCCAGAGAAUACGGACUUAUUUUCAUUCCUCUCUUCAGAUUUGUAUUCGAUGGCCAACUCACAAUCAGAUAAAAAACAAGAGACUGGUGCAAUUCAGGCUUUAAGUUUUAAAAUUAAGAGACCUUUACUCGAACAAAGUAAUUCCAAAAGCCAACAAGAUUUUGCGGAUGUUUUUGUUAAAUUGGCCUCUGUUUGGUACACCCAUUCUCCUCAUUUUAUUUGUGAGUUGCGCUCCUGUGCCACUGAAUUUAAGCAAUAUCUCACCAAUCUAGCAAGGCACAUAGCAUCUUCCGCAACGGAGAUGGCUAUGGGUCUUGUACAUUCCAGGGCUGACUCCUUGGCGCAAAGCCUUUCGAUGAGUAGCAAACUUUCAUUGUAUGGUUCCUCUUUUGAUGUACUGGCCUCCCCUCAAAAGAGGCGUAGAAGUAUAUCGCAAUCCUCAGAUUCUCCUAGUAUUAUUUGUGAAGAAGAAACUCCGAACAUCAAUAUAAGGUUGGACAUAAUCAUGGACAGUCCAGUGUGCGUUCUGCCACGAUCAACGAGUAGUCAUGAGGUUUUAGUUGCUCAUCUUGGGCGAAUUUCCGUCACUAACAGCCAACCUUUUUACGGCGAAACCCCUUGCACCUGGAAAGAGGAACUGGACCUUUGGGCUCACAACAAAGAAAAAUAUCUAGUCGAAAUUCGGGAUAUGAAUCUCCACUCUCUUGAUAUCCAACCAAGAAUUCUCUCCUCUACCAAUCGGAACCAAAGCAGCUCACAUUUAUCCCUGUCAGAGAGUCAUUUACUUCCGGCUGCCAAGCUUUACAACUGCUUAGCUGAUAGCAAACCUGUACUUCACGAUACAGCAAUAGACCUGCACAUCGAACGUGAGGUUGGACGCAGUAUUAUGAAACAAUCUCUGGAAGAUAGUAUUUUGCUUGAUGGAGUCGAUUUUAACGUUGAAAAAUUGGACACCUUAAGCAUUUCUGGAUCUGUGAUAACCUCAUUAAAAGUUUCCUUGGCUCGUCAGCAAUACCUACAACUCUUAGAUACGGCUAAUUAUUUACUCACAGCUGACUAUCGUCCAUCCCCAUCUCUGAUCACAGCCCCGAACACAAAGUUAGAUAACAUCGAAGAAGAGAGAUCAGCGUUAUCCACCUUGGAAUUAGAUCCAUCUUUGAGGCAUCGAAUGUUGAGUCAUCUCACUGUAAAUCACGUUGAUAGUGCCAAUAAACAGUUUUUAACUUUGAAUGUUGCAUUUGAUCUACCAGUUUUUUCAAUGGAAUUGAAGGCUGACUUAGGUUCUGGCGAGCAAGGGCUUGUCGACCUCUCUUUUCAAAAUCUUUCCGUUUCUUAUGAUCGCUCUCUCCCACAUGAAACUAACCUUCAGGUUUCCUUAAGGUCCUUUGUCAUGGAAGAUUUAUCUCAGGAACAAGAUUCAAAACACAGAUUCAUAGUUCAGUCUCUCAAUUCAUCUCAAUCGAAGAGCCUUGAAAUCCCAAGUUGUACGUAUUUAUCAACGUCGUGUCCAAAUCUUUUACCUCAUCAACUCUCCAAGAUGCAGACGCAAACAUUUUGUGGCUCGUUGCCCGAUCACCUCCACACUGAAAUGAUUCUCGGUGCCCCCAGACAGUCAACCCUUCCAACAGGUAUAUCCAUAAGACCUACAAAACCAUCAAGACAGGAUCCGAGCGAAUAUCCGAGCACUCCUCCGCCAUCACCUCGCAACAAAUCAUCCCCGCCCUUAUUCCCGGAAGAAAACCUUGUAUCCAUCAAUGUUUUAAUGUAUGAUGAGGAAGCAUCUCAAAGAAAAGCUAAUAACGUCUACAAGAAAACUGCUGUUGAUUUCAAUAGUUUAGAUGUCAUCGUCAAUGUAGAGUCAUGGGUCGUUGUUUUGGAUUUUUUCGGUAUCAGCUCCCCAGAUGUUGAACCGAGACCUGUCGCAGACCCCAAGAAAAUAAAUCUCAAUGCUCGCAUGAAUCAACCAAGUGUUAAUUUAGAGCAAACUAAGAUAGAUGAUCAGAGAGCUAUCAAAGAGGAGGAAAAGGCGGAGCUGACUGUUAGCAUUUGCUCACUUUCCUUGAUCCUCAACAAGACUGAAUAUGAAAUCGCCCGCGCUAAUGUUUCCAAUUUACAAGCAGUAGUUUUAAGUUCCCAGUCAGCGACCAUAGUUGAGGGCACUGUCAACUCGCUGAACCUUUACGACCUCACGUCACAUAGAGGACUGUAUAGCAAUCGCUUUAUCACAUCGGAUCUGAAUAUUCAUCUCUUCCGGUACAGUGAUAGGAGCUUAAGGCAUUUACGAGAAUUUGACACUCAUCUGAAACUAGUCAUGUCCUCCGUUGUUUAUGUCCACUCUCAACGCUUCGUCACGGAGCUUCAAGCAUACUUUGCUCAUUUUAACCGAUUGCAACGGGUUCUUGGUAGUAUUCGCUCUUCAACAAAAAUUCAAGGUGAUCCAGUCGGUUCUCGCAUUUCUCUAGAAAUCUCCGCCAAAACUCCAGUUGCUUUGGUCCCUGUGAGCUCCCGGAAACCAGAUCUAUUAAUUGCAGACUUAGGAAAAUUAACAGUGAACAAUACUUUCAAAUGGUGUGGUGAUAUUGGAACGUUAAGCUACCUGAAACUAGAUCAAUUUGAAGAAAAUGAAAGAUGUUUGCUAGACGUAUCCCAAAUCGAGUUAUUGAACAUGGAUCUCUAUGCUGGAUCGCUUCUGUCCUGUGGCUUUGUUGCCAGCGUUUCCAAUAGUUCAUGUGUGCUGUUUGGUGGUUAUUUAAUCGAGAAGAAAGGACCUAGUUUGCUGCAAGAAAAGUGCGAAUUGAAACUACAAGUCGAGCGCAAUCUAAUGUCAUCAGUUACUAAAAUCGUGCCAGAUCUUAGUAUAAGAGGAAAUAUCACAACCCUAGCAAUAAGAUUGGAUGUACCCCAAUACCGGUUGGUGAGAGGACUCUUAACUUACAACAUCGGAGAAAACGUUGCUGAAAUUUAUCAGACUAUUCCAGUUCAAGAUGACGAAGCCUCUGCCCAUGACCAAGUUUGGACAACCCAGUCAAUACUGUUGGAUCUUGUCGAUGUCAGUAUUACCUUGCUAAGUGAUUACUCAGAAACUGAUAUCGUUCAACCAAUAGCCUGUAUAAACUUCAUCAAGUCAAAAUUAACUGUUGAAUCUUUCAGCGAUCUGUCUCAAGAUAUCGACCUUCUCUCCCAAGAAAUUCUAGUCAUUGAUUCAAGGUUCCAAAGUGGAGCUGUCAAACCUGCAAAUGUUUUUACAAAUAUCCUACAACCAAUAGAAAAAGAAAAUUUUAGCAAUGUACAAGCUGUAGUUCAUCACCGUAAACGCUUAAAUAGUUCCAAAACUACUGUCCUCUUGAAUAACAUGCGAGUUAUGCUAAUUCUAGAUUGGUGGGAAACCAUGCGAGACUUCAUAAUGCAAACCAUAGACUAUUCAUCAGAAUUAGAUGCUUUCUAUGACAGUGCAGCCACAAGUGGAAAUCAGCUAAACGGACCAGCUGCGGUAGAAAUGAAGAUCAACAUUACGGACUCGGAAAUCGUUGUUGUAGAAAACACAUCUCAGUGGGAUACAAAUGCUGUUAUCCUCAAAAGUACAACCGUCAUAAACUAUCGUCCAGCGGUCUACGAGAAACCGUUGUCAUGCAACAUAAACCAGUGUGAAGUAUUCUCCUGCAUUUUGGGAAUGGAAGAAGAAACUGCCCUAUCGAUUAUCGACCCGGUGACCGUAAAUUGUGAGAUUGUCACAAAACAUUCACUCCCUGGUGAUGCGGUGCGAGUGCUAAAAGUCCAAAUGCACCAUCUGAGCAUCCGUCUGUCGUACCAUGACGGUUUGAUGUUCAUGCAAAUUUUGAAAUCGAUUCCCAAGCAAACAUUGAGAGCACGCACGAAUUCUAACUCACCGAAAAAGACAAACAAACAGCAACAAAUCGGCAAGUUAGCAUCUCUCGGAUUCAGUUUAGCAGACUGCGCUGUUGCUUUGGAAAAGUGCGAAGAUUUAGACGAAGCAGCUUUGUGGCUGACACAAAACUCGACCCCGGUGGUGUCAUCGUUCUCUCGGACAGCAGACUUUGACUCGCACAUGAACCCGUCAGGGCUACAUUUUGAUCGGGUCGAAUUGAAAACUGAACAACUCAGCAUUUGCAUCAUUGAUGACUGCAGAGACGCUGACGUUCCUUUGAUCGAAAUCUCUCUCUGUAACUUGUUCCUCAAACAAGGUAUCACCGGCAAGUUUGGAGAAAUCUAUUGUUCCUUAAACUGUGAUUACUACAAUCGGGUUCUAUCCGGUUGGGAACCUUUCAUUGAAUCAUGGCUGUGUGAAAUUAAGUGGCAGUAUUACAGUAAGACUGGCACUAGUCUCCGUAACGAAAGGCUCGAACUGAAUAUUCUAAGUCAAGAAGUUCUGAAUGUAAAUAUCACAAGUACGUUUAUCGAAUUGUACAGUAGCGUGAAAGAAAAUUGGUAUCAAGAAUAUAACUCAAAUCAAAAUACUCUGGACGAUAGUGAUAAGGCAGCAAGUCCGGUCAGCUACCGCAGGAGGGCUCCGUUUAUUCCGUUUGCACUGAAGAAUCAAACCGGCUCAAAAUUAUGGUACACCCCCAUUUUAGCAAACACCGAUAGUGAUUGGAAUCUGGAGACUUCUCCUGAGUUGCAAGCUUUGGAGGAAAAUAGAUCGUGGCUUUGCGUCGAGCCUGGCGCUACGGUGCCGUUCUCUUUCGAGAUGAGAGCAAAAGUUCGCCACAGGAAUUCUCAUCGGCUCUGUGCCCAUCGACUUGGAGUGAGGGUUGAUGGGUGGCGGCCUGUUCAACCGGUCUCGGUGGAUCAAGUGGGUAUCUAUUUCCGGCAAGCAGUUCCGGUCACCAUCAGCUCGAACCUGCCCCCCACAAGGAUUGUCUUCGAAGUUUCUCUUGAAGGCUCUGCGAGGAAGCUCAUAACAAUUAGAUCUGCUCUUUUGAUCCAAAAUAAACUUGAGGAAUCGAUUGAAGUCAAAUUGGAAAAUUCACCGUCCAUGUCAAUUGGAGCUGACACAAGUCACAUCACAGUAAUGGAGCCUAAUUCAUGUGAAGCCGUGCCUCUUACGCACACUCUAGCCCAAAUAACUCUACGGCCACUACGAAUGACGAACGUACCCUCUUCUCAAUACCACACUUUCAGCAGUCGCCCAAUCGCAUGGCAACACGUUCAAAAACCUGGCGAAAUCAUCGAAGAAAUACGACACUGUCAUAUAAACAAAGGGCCCUCUUAUAAAUUCUGCACGGCCGUCUAUCGAGAGAACUACCCUUGCGACGUAAUUAAACCAUUGUCACCACCUGUAAUGAAUCUGUGGGCACAACCUGCUCACAUAAUCACGAUACUAAGCCCCAUCAUAAUCGUAAAUCUGCUUCCUUACGAGCUGCACUACAUCAUUCCAGACGUCGCGCUUGGCAGAAUCAAACCAGGGCAAAAAGCAUUCUUGAAUGAGAUCGACCCUCUUGAAAGCUCUGCCGAAAUCAGUUUUCAUCUUGAAAAUUUCCCCAGUGCUGGGACUGUGAUAAUUCCAGCCUCGCCAUCUAGUUUUGUGGGAAAGUUAAGAUUACACGACAAUUUUGGCCGGAAAUUACAACUGAAAGCAACUGUAAAUGUGAAAAAAGGCGAGGGUAUCCAGGUUCUCGUCAGUGCAGCCUAUUGGAUAAUGAACAAAACAGGCCUACCAAUUGUUUUUAAACAAGAAGGUGUGUCGAUCGAAACAGCCGGCCAGUCAGAAGAACAUGAGUUUGCCAGAAUGAUGGCACCUCUUCUCUUUUCGCUUGCUGAUAAUGAAGCGAGCCCAACUGUAGUUGCUCGAAUUGGUAGUCGUGUACACAGUGAAACAUCUCCUGUCUGGUGCACGCCAUUUUACCUACAGCCUGGUGUUGCCGUGCGACGGUUGACAAUGUCUCAUGCAGACAACAGACCAGACAUUGUGUAUGUUGUUGGUAUCGAAAUUCGUGUGGGUCGAGGUUUGUACCGUGAAACCAACAUGGUCACCCUUUCAGCUCACUUUCAAGUCCACAAUAAGUCAAGUUAUCACCUGCAACUCGCACAAAAAUGUUUGGCAACCGCACUCGUUAACCCUGGAACUCAGGGUUCAUACUCAGAAGCGAUGCCAAGCUCCUCAACACCCUUUCAUUGGCCGCUACUCGAUAAAGAGCCCUUAAUGUGUGUAAGAAUUGUGGAUGUUCCAAAUUGUAUGUGGUCAGGAGGUUUCCACAUCGAUCGUAAUGACUCAUUCCAUAUCAAUAUCAGGGAUAUUAGUGGUAAAAUGUACUUUUUACGCACAGAGGUUGUUCUACAAAAAGCAUCAUAUUUCAUCAUUUUCAUGGAUGCUAGUACGUUACCUCCGCCUCUCCGAAUCGACAACUUUUCUCUAGUCUCGCUUCAGUUUUAUCAAACCAACAUCAACUCUGCAAGUACUGUCAGAGCAAACUCUUCGAUUCCUUAUGCCUGGGAUGAGCCAAUGUAUCCAAAAGUACUUACUUUAGUCGCGCCUGGAGGAGUAUCUGCUGAUUUUAAAAUGAAUGAAGUUGGCUCAACAAACGGAUUGACGUAUGAAAAUUUUAUCUACAUCGCAUUUACUGGAACUUUCAGCAGGGUGCCUCAAAGUAAUUCCAUUUUUGAUCCGCUUGAUGUUCAGUGUCAGCAGUUAGUUCUGGAUGUCCCUGAUAAUUCAGAUAGGGUGAUCCUGAAUCGCAAACAGCAGGGAGCAAGAUCUCAGCUGUGGCGAAUGACAGCUGAGGGUCAGUUGCAGCAUGAAGGCUCCAGUCCCCCAAGAGAUCCGUCCGGAAAGAUGCCCUCUCCAGUUUCUGACAAUGUUAUGGUGCUAGACAUAUCUGGUCCUGCUCCUCAGCCAACUGAAUAUUCAGGUUUGGUGCUACGUCGACCACAUCAAAGGAGGAAAAUGACUCAAACAUGGCGUUUCACCGAGGAAGGACGGCUGUGUUGUGCACACAACAAUAUGUGCGUUCAAGCCAAGGAUGGAUUCUUCGGUUUAAGACCUGAUUCUUCAGGUCAAUUUUGGCAAAAGUGGAGUGAAGCUGUAUUAGGACCACCGCAAGCUGUUUGUCAUCAACGAACACCAGAGGGUGUGCCUUUAGAGCAAGCUGUAUCGAGACAACGAUUAAGGCCCGGCUCUGGGUUUUUGUCUGGAUGUGUCACAACAGACGGACCAACUAUCGUCCUUCAGAUAUCAGACAUUCAUGAAAAGCAAGAUUAUGCAUCAAUGGAAGACAAAGACUGGGUGCAGAUAGCCGUUAGUCAGCGACCCACUUCUCUGUCUCAUAACAGUAACCUCACACCUACCUCCAACUUCAAAGAAAUGAUGUUGAACAUAGAUUUGAGGUCUGGGAUGGGCAUCAGUGUCAUUUCAAGAAAACCCUGCGAAGAACUUCUGUUCUCUCGGCUAACUGGCAUUCACUUGGUGAUGAAAAGAGCCAACAAUUGCGAGAGCACCAUCUUGAGGAUUCAAAACUUGCAAGUGGAUAAUCAGCUUUUUGAGGCACAGUGUCCCACUGUAUUGUAUGUUACACCAAACGGUCGCUCGUCACUUCCUGAAGAGACAAACUCUCCGAUUCUGCGGUUGCAGAUCGAUAAGUGUCUACCUAAACCUGGAUCGCAAAACAAUACCGAAAUCAUCCAGUCAUGCAUUUUAGAAAUCAAAAAAUUCUCCGUGAUUCUUGAAGAGCAACUUGUUUUGAAGAUGUUUGCUUUUGCCGGCCUUGGCCCUAACGAUCAUGAAUGUGAGAACACUUGCGAAAACGACUACGAAACCCAACGUAUUCUCACGGAAGUUACAUCAGUAAAUGCCAAGCGGUAUUAUUUUGGUGUAUUGCAGUUAGUGCUUGGUCGGGUACGCUUAAGUGUGACGACUAGCAGUAAACUCUCCACCAACUUGAAAGCAAUCAAACGAAAACUAGGACUGACUCUCAUCAAAUUUGAGGAUGCGGCUGUCGAAAUACGUCCUUUCAUCAGAACCCAUAUCUUCGAAACAAGUCAAUUCCUGUUUCAACUUCUGUUGAAGCAUUUUAGAGAUGAAUUAAAAUGGCAAGCUGCAAUAAUUUUGGGUUCAGUUGAUUUCCUUGGCAACCCAAUCGGAUUCUUCAGUGAUGUAUCGGAAGGAUUUUCAAAUCUAAUUUAUGAUGCUAGUGUCGGUUCAUUCUUCAGAAAUCUUACUCAUGCUGCCUCAAAUUCUGCUGCUAAAUUCACUGGCUCCCUCUCGGACGGCUUGGGGCGUGUAACCCUUGAUGAAGAACAUGAGGAGACCCGCAGGAGGAUUCGUAAACUCCACUCUGGCACAAGUCAAGGGCAUCUUGCCGCAGGAUUAAAAGGCUUUGGUUAUGGUUUGAUUGGUGGUGCCACUAGUAUCGUAAAGCAAACUUAUGAUGGGACAGCAAAUGAUGGAGUUCAGGGAUUUCUGUCUGGUCUGGGCAAAGGUCUGGUCGGUACUAUAACCAAACCAGUUGUAGGAGUGCUGGAUCUAGUUUCUGAGACUUCAAGUGCCAUCCGAGAUUCAAGCAGAAGCUCAAGCAAAGCCAUUCCAAAAAGAGUGCGGCCACCAAGAUGUGCUGUGGGGCCUGCCGGCUUGUUACCGGUUUAUUCAAAGCACCAAAGUCAAGGCCAGCAGUACCUGUACACAAUCAAUGAGCACGAUUACUCUGAAUUAUUUAUGGCAUAUGAAAUACUGAGACCUGGGUCAGAAGACCUCCGAAUUGUGAUUUCGACCCAAAUGAUCCGUAUCUUCACUGUCAAUGCAAGCAACACUCCCUCUGUUGUCACAAAAAUCAAUUUAAAUCAUAUUCUGCACUGCCAACCUCUAAUAUUACAAGGAAUGGAAGGCAAUUGGAUGUAUUAUAUUGAAUUGAAACUGCAUAGUGAUUCAACGGUCAGAUAUUUUGAAGAAGAUCCAGUGAAGAAACCAAGAAUACGUUGUGAAACCAAAGAUAUUGCUUUCUGGGUAUCAGAGCAAAUAAACUAUGCUCGUAAUGUCUAUAUGGAAAGACACAUGACACUUUCCUCCACCGCUGAUGACAUGCCAGGUGACUAAAAGGAGCUCUCAAGCAAUACUUAGUAUUUAUGAUAGCAUUAAACUAAGAAAAUCAUAUUUUAGAAUCGGUAGAAUCUGUACUGAAUUUUGAAUUAGCAUCUAGAAAGGUUUAUGAAUUUUCCAAAACUCUUUUUUAAGUAAGAAUUCCUUGUUUUUCUACCGAGCAGAAUGAUUCCGGUUUUCUGGAUGCUAUUUUACCCAUAAUUGACAAUUAUCAGGAUAUUUUCAUUUUUCCAUUGCUGAAGAAAUUCAUUUUUAUGUAUUUGAUUGAAUGUGGUAGAUUGCACUCUCUGCCAUUUAUUAGAGUUGAGGUGCGCUGCAUUUAUUUAAAUAUACUCACGCUUAUUAGUGUCUAGAACAAAUUAAGCUCUGAAAAUUGUGAUUUUUAGUAAGCAGUAAAAGUCUCUUUAAUGGCGAAAGUAUUAUGAACUAUUUUUCAAUCUUCAUGUUUUUGUGGAUUUGAAAAUGAUCAGAAACGUGGCUGUAUAAAUUUAUUUUGAACAAAGUGAUACUUUAACAUGCUAUCAUGAGCUUUGUUCAACUUUCUUCACAAGAAUCGCAUGACUAAAUUUAAGCUUUUGAUGUUCAAAAGACUUAUGACUAACUAUGUCAUACUAUAAAACAAAGGAGUAAAUCACGCAUGAAUCGAUUUUAACAGAGACGCAUCAAGUCGGAAUCGAGAUAAAGAGGUUGGAAGUUUUAUUACUGCAUGAGGCUCAAUGUUGAGGACAAAUUUUAAUUUUUAUGUUUUACAUAUUUUUUCUCGCCUUUGAAUUUCUGACAGGAGAAAAUCUAUAAGCAGUUGAAUUUAAAACAACUCCCAAUUCAUUUUUUGUGACUUGGGGCGUCUCUGCUUAACUCGGGCCAUUUGAACUUCCUGUAUGGAAAAAAAAAGAUUUUCUUAGACGUAGACUGUUUAGAGUGUUUUGUUAGUAACAGUCGUAGUUCAGUAAACUAACAUUUUGACUUGUUUCUCCGGGUUUUUUGACUGUGUAGGUAUAUCAAGUAUAAAAAAAGAAGAAGAAACAGUAGACAAGAGCAAAAUAUUUUGUAAUUGUCACAGUUCUUUGAGAGGCUUUAAGUGCUUUAAUUUUAUGCUUUGGAAGGUUGAAAAAGUCUAAAAUGCUCAUAUUUCUCAAUAUACAGUUUUUUUUCUAGUUCAAUCUUUCAUCUCCGAAGAAUGAUGUAUGUUCUAUAUCAUUGAGUAAACUUUGAUAAAAAUGGGAUUGAUAACUGAUGAAUGGAUUGUAUCAGCGACUGUUUUAUUUUCUCUCUUCUAAGUUCAUGUUGUGCCUUACGUAUUGCAUGAGUUAAUUUUUGCAGAAAAUCACUAUGGUAGGGGCGUACCUCCACUCAUGAGGCUCUCAAAAACAAAGUGAAUAAUCAGUUUGGUUAACCAAUCAGAAAUUAAGAUGAUCAUUAAGAUGGCAAGUGCUCUAUUUUCUACAGAUUGAUCAUUGGUUUUAUGAUUUUGAAGAGGAAAAUAUGUAAGCAUAGAAAGGCAAGGUAUGGAAAAACAAGAAAUUCAGCGCCACCUAAAUUUCUAUAUUAUUUCGUUUAACGAUUCCUCUGAUCUCUUGAACACGAUGAACUCUCAAAAUCGAACUUUGUGCCCAUCACAAGAAAAUAAGAGCUGAAAAGUGCAUUUUUUGGCCCUCUUACAUGGGUUGUCUUAAAUAGAAGCUUUUGCUUUGUGUUAGUUGACUCUGUAAGGCACCCUCUUAUUGUUAGGACGAAUUUCCUUAUUUUCGUCUGCCAUAUCCUCCAGGCCUGCAAAGAAACACCAGGAGGAAAAUCUCCUCCAUAACCAGUAAAAUUUGCAACAUUUCUUCCGUGAAUCAAGUGUAUAUAUGCCAAAAAAUGCACUUUUCAGCCCUUAUUUUCUUGAGAUUGGCGUGUAGAAAGUUAAAUUUUCAAAGCUCAUUGUGCUGUAGAGGUUGUAAAGAAUGUUACAUUUAAAAAACAUCUAAAUUCAUUGAGUACCAAAUUUUUCGGUAUUCUAUGCUUAGCAUCUGAUGCUCGGUGCAUGGAUAGUUAGUCCUACUUUUUUCCCAAACAAAAGCAUUUUACAUGUCAAAUUUGUUGCUAAUUUUCAAUCUGCACAAAAUGUAAAUCAUGAAUCAAUGAAUGAUCAUGAAUUGCCUGGAGCUCAUUUUUAUUUUUGAACGGGGAGAGGGGGGGAUGCAUUUUUCCCCCUACAUAUUUCCAAACUUUCAUCAUGGGAAGGUCAUGCUCUCACCUGAAAAGAUUUGAUAUCAUUGCACAUGUAUGUUAGGCUCAUGAAGCACUGAAUAUUUUCGAAAUAAUAUAAAAAUUUUUAAAAUAUUAUAUAUUAAUAUAAUUUAAAAUUUAAUAAUCUUGAUUUUAAUAAAUUUAAUUUUAUUAAUAUAUUUAUAAAAAUAUUUUUGAAGCGGUAUUAUGUAAGUAUUGUAUCUUUGUACACAGUUGUGAACCUGUUGUUUUGUUGAUUUUUUCUGUUAAAGAUUUCCUCUGUAAAUAUUGCGCUAAGUCAAUUUAUCAACAUCUAAAGUUUAAUUUUUUUAAACCAAAGUUAAACCUAUGUAUUUCGGUAUUUGUUUAAAUUAUUUUUGCGCCCUCCUGAAUUUUAUUUUUCUAUUUUAAGAGUUGGUGACACAUUUUAAUUUGAUAAAAAUACGCCACAAGCUAACGUAGACCUAGUUUUAAGUAAUUCCAAAUUCGGUAGUAAUAAUUUGUUGUUCCCCUUGCCAGUCAUUAGAAUCUUAUCCUGUAGAUGUGGUUGCCUGUACUAACCAUCCAUAUAAAAAGUAAUUUUUUUGUCUUUGGAAUAUUUUUUCGAGAAAAACUUUGUUGCAAUAAUUAGUGUCCAAGUAUUGACCCCAGAAUCAGGUUACAUGUAGGAAUAAGUGUCUUUUGGGUGGAAUAUUAACAUGGAUCAUUUGGGAAAUUAGCAUCAGGUUUAGGCUUGUGUAUAUUUUUGUAAGUUCCUAUUUUUUCUUUUCUGCUUAUGUUGAGGUACACUGCCAUAUUAAGGAAGUACGGCGUAUGAACAUUCGAGAGUUGCGAAAUUUCCUCCUAUAAAAUGAUUCUUUUUCAGAAAUGGUGUGAAUAUUUUCCCUUGACAGUUUCAGAUAAUUGAGAUUUGAUCGCAAAUAAAAUUCACAGAAGCGUCCAGGGGAAAAUUUUACAUUUUAUCACAGGAAAUUCAAUGUCUGAAAGCUCAUAUGGCGUUCUUUCUUAGCAUGGCAACACAGUAAUCCCUUGAUUAUCCGUCGAUUUGUAGUGAGGGCUGCAUUAGAUAUUGAAAAAGUCAGAAAUCGAAACUAUUUAAAGAGGCUGAAAAAAUUCCGUUUCAGAUCUGUUUUUAACCAGAAUGGACAAGCUUGGCAAAUUUUGCAUUGUAUUUGGUGAACGUAUUUAUUUAAGUGAGAGGAAACACCUAAACCCACAUUUAUAUUCAAUUAUUUCCUGAAAAAACUAGUUUUUGUCGUUUUGGCUAAUUUUUUUUGCUCAAUUUUGACUGUAUUGGAUAACUACCGCGUUGGAUAAUUAAGGGUCGGAUAAUCGGGAUAUUACUGUAAUUAGUCGUCAUUUUCUUUUUUGAUUGAUAAAAAACCAUUUUUAUGAAAUGACUAAAAACAUGUAGACCUGACCGGAUAUCAUUUCUGAAUUUUUAAAGACUCCAACUUCAAGUCUUGAAAAUUCCUAAAAUUUAUGUUGCUAUUAUUUCAUUCAAUUUACUUUCAUGUGUACAAUAUUAAUAAUUUGAAUUAAAUUUUUUAAUGCCAGUAAAACCUACAUUCUCAAGCAAUAUUUCUGACUUAAAACGGUCUCUAAUUUUCCUGUAAGUGAUCUUUUCUUUCUUGUUGCCCUUACGGGUAGGGGAAGUAUUUUUUUUACUUCUACGAAUGAACCGUUAAAAUACGUACUUUCUUUCCUCUCUGUAAGUAUCUCCUUUUCUCCUGUAUUGUUUCCUUGUCUCAAAAUGUACAGAAGAAGCAGAAAUUAAGGUUUUUAUCCCACUAGUCUUUUUCUUUAAAGUUUGCAGAACAAGUGUGAUCACAACAGAAAAUGUAUGUAUUGAUUUCAUUUCAACCUUUACUUAACUCAGUGCGAAUGUUAAAUCAUCAAAGAGUAAAUGAUUAUCCUUUCCCUGGAAUUGUUGUACAAAGUUUUUCACAUUUAUUUUGUUACGUUCAACUGUUUUUAUUUUAAGUUACCAUCUUGGAUGACUUUUUAAAUAAAACCAAUCUGAAAGAUUUUUCCUUUUAUAA